AGAUGAUCACACGCUAACAUUAACCUAAACAUAACGGUUUUUAUCUUUUCUCUCUCUAAAAAGGUGGUUCUUUUGUCAUCCACAAAAGUCAUUGAGAUCAGCUAAUUUUGUGGUUUGUGUUUCUCACUCAAUUUAUGUCAUGAUAUGUUCAUCUUCUUCUGCUUUUCAGGUUGAACAGUUUUGAGAUAUCAGGGAGUUUUUCUUCUGGUUUAUCUGCUUUUUUUUUUUCUAAUUGAAAUUUGAUAGAAAAAAAUAAAAAUUGGGUAAAAAAUGGAUUUAAAGAGAAAUGAAGGUGAUGGAAGUGUUUCAGUUGUUAAGGAAUCUGAGAAGCCUGUUGAAGAAUCAACUAGCAACCGGAAAUCUUCUCUUUCCAAUGUGACUGAUGUGGGGAAUUUGAGUGACAAAAAUAUGAUGUUCAGGGCUGAUAUGAUUGAUUUUAAGAGUUGGGAUGUUCAAUUGGAAAAACAUUCGAGCCGUGUUUGGUCUCGAGAUUGUGAUCUAAAUGCUGUAAAAGAAGAAUGGGAAAUCGAAUUGGCGAAACUUGAUCUUAACAAUGUUAUUGCUCAUGGCACAUAUGGUAGUGUUUACAGGGCUACUUAUGAUGGAAAGGAUGUUGCAGCUUCUUCAAGCAAGAAGAAACCUAAAGAUGGAGAUGAAGAUGAAGAUGAAGAUGGAUCGAAGAAGAAAAAACUGAAGAGGAAAAAGAAUCCAAAUGCACCAAGGAGGGCAAUGUCUGGAUUUAUAUUCUUUUCUCAAGCUGAACGGGAGAACACAAAGAAAGAUAACCCGGGAAUUACAUUUUUAGAUAUAGGGAAGGUUCUUGGGGAGAGAUGGAGGAAUAUGUCAGCCGAGGAAAAAGAACCUUAUGAGGCAAAAGCUCUUGCUGACAAGAAGCGAUACCUUGCUGCGCUUGAUGACUACAAGAAUGCGCUUGCUGCAAUUUCGUACUCGGGGACGAAUCUGACAGUCCUUAAGAGUAAUCGAUAUUCUCCUUUGAAUGCGGAUGUAUGUUGUUUAUAAGAAUACAUUCCAUAGUUGUGUUCUUUUGUUCAGGUCAAGUAUAUGUUAAUCAACCACGCAACCGGUCUCAUUUUGAGCUUGCAGGGUGGUGUAGAAGCAUGAGUUCCUCUAUUUUGAGCUCUCGAGCAUUUUAGGUCACUAUUAACAAUGCUCCUCUUCUGAGUUCUGCCCUAACCAUUUUGUGCUCAAUGGAUGCCAAUUAAAAUGGGAAUAUAUUAUUCUGAAAGCAA